AUGUUGACAACCAUUGGUACAGAAAAAGAACGAGCAAUCCGAGUGGUUAAGAAUCUUGCUGUCGCACUUGGUAACACCCAACAGCAACAAUUGUACCAUGACGGCCAGAUUGUGUCAUCCCAGUACGGGGAACCCGAUAACCUGAGCAAAUAUGAUGCCAAGGAAUGGUUGACACAACAGAACCCUGUUGUUUUUGCUCUGUUGCAAUCACUUACGAAUGUUAAUAGUGAUAGUACUGCCACUAAACAUGCAUAUUUGGCUCGUGCCUAUGAACACUUGUAUGGUGCAAGGAACAGUAAUGUAAUAUGCCCGCUAUCGUUCGCCAUGAACCUGUUACUAUAUUAUGUGACAGGCAGUAAAGUUGCCUGCAAUCUGUCGGCCAAGACAAGUCCAUCUGGCUCUUACCAAACCAUACUAAAGUGGAUCAACGAACAAGCUGCCGUGCCUGUAAAAUGUCCCACAGCAGGAGAUAUCAUUACAUUUUUUGACAAUAAUCAGGUGCUGGCGAGGAAUUGGAGAGUUAGAUACGACGCCAAAGCCAUGGUGAGUGUUGUAACGACAUUGCUACACAUAUUCCCACCUGAAACUACGUUGCAGACAACACCCCAUCUCAGUCCAUGCAACUGGUUGACGUAUGACGUCAUAGCUCUGCAGACCACACUACCCUCUUUCAUAUCUCCGUCUAUGGAUGUCUUUCGUCAUUAUCAAACAAAAGUACUAACUGUAAUGUUGGACAAAGUCCUUGCAGAACAAGGUGCAGAUGGCGUGAGUGACAGUUUUGAUUGUGCCGUGCUGCCUGAUCCACCCACAGCCAUGGAUGACACCCAUUACACGGUGAGUCGGGAUGACGAUACGUCAAAGAUCAGGAUUGUGAGAUCAAAUAGGACACCAAACAAGUAUGACAUUGUUGAGGCUGGUGAACUGUUCCAUCCAGAUCUAGUAGUAGGUGAGCCCGUCAUAAUAAAUCCAUGUUCAUACAUGUCAAUGGAGGUUGUGCUCCGCAGGAUUUUGGAAGAUGUUGGUGUGGGAAUUUCUAGAUCAUGGUGUGUGAUUGGAUGUGAUGGCCUUCCGUAUAACCUUGCUUCGCGUGUGAUUGACAACCAUUACACAUGUUCCAUCUGUAAUGCCACCGAUAUUCAUGGCAUGUCUGACUUACAGAAGCAUCUGGAUUAUGACCAUAACCAACCAUGUCACAAUCCACAGGAACACCGGACGUUCGGAAAUAUCUUAUUGCUCCCAGGACCCGGACACAUGGAAAUCAACAUGGCAAAGGCAAGUUUUAAGUUAUUGUGGGAUGUCAUCCUUAAAGAUCUUGGCAUCAUGCUGGGUUUCAGGACAAUUCGAGCCCAAGACGCGUGCCGACAUGCCACGGAUCAUCAUAAGGCUUGGCAGAUGCUGGAGAUAUUUCUGUAGGGGACAGGAGCUGAGCUUCUCAUUCCAUUCAUCAGAGAGUGUAAGCAACAUGGCAGGCAGGCAAGUGUGACUCUAUUACAUUCAUGGCUAUCAUGUGCUAAGAACAGGAACUACCUUUUCAUGGCCGAUGUCACCUUUACAUAUAUCAUGGCACUGUUUCUCUUCCGGUGUGGCAUGAGAAGAGGAAAUGAGAGAUUGAUUACAGAAUCCUAUGCACGUUUCUCGGACCUGUUCUAUGGCCUACACAUGACGCAGUACCAGGAACUCACACUUCGGGAGCAUCAUGUCAGGUACUCUAGUCCACCAGAGGUGAAGGACUUCAUCGAAUCGCAUAUUUCUAUGUCUGCGUCAGGGAAGGAUUUCAGGGGUGAAGGGGGAGAUUUCGUUUUUGAGGCCAAAAACAGACGCAUACAGAUGUGGAUGCCUCCGGGACUUCCCACAGAACAGCACUGACAGAGAAUAUGCCGCAACAUAGAUACCUUAGACCAGAUCCGAUCACAUCUGUCUAAGAUGUCUGGUGGUGCCCCAGACGACACCGAUGAUGUCUAUCAUCCGAAUCUGGACAACGAGAACCGUCACUGGCGUCAUCGUGUGCGACAGUCUGGGUAUCUGGCCAAGCCUGCAAGUGCAGUUCCGCACACGUCCCUCUCAGGACAGCCCCUGGACUCUGAACUCUGUAUGUUUGCAGGAAUGUGUGUUAACAACAAAUCUGUGUAUGUUAAUGCCAUUGUGUCAGGCCAGAAACUGGGAUGCGUGGUUAAGCUACCACGGGUUUUCAUUUUGGCAGGGGACCGUGAGAAGUCGCAAGAUAUCACCAAGAGGACAAACGCCGAACUGGUCGACAUGGUCACAGCGGAAAUCAAUCAGAUUGAGGACCUUGGAUCGAAGGAUGUGGCAGCAUCUCUGCGUAAGGACUUUCACCGCCAUGGCAGGACUGGCACUAAGUCUGUGCUGCUCACAUUCCUCCGUAAUGCCAGCGACAUCCUGGGAGGCCUUCUGGAAGUGAUGGAUUGAGACUUCAGGUUCCUCAACUGCUUGACCUGCACGCCACUCACAUGCAGUGCCUUCAUGAUUCAUGCGCCAUCUGUGAUAUUACUUCCUCAGUGUAUAUGGAGUGACAGUGACACUAGCGUACCCUGAGUCAUCUGUGAUAUUACUUCCUCAGUGUAUAUGGAGUGACAGUGACACUAGCGUACCCUGAGUCAUCUGUGACAUUACUUCCUCAGUGUAUAUGGAGUGACAGUGACACUAGCGUACCCUGAGUCAUCUGUGAUAUUACUUCCUCAGUGUAUAUGGAGUGACAGUGACACUAGCGUGCCCUGAGUCAUCUGUGAUAUUACUUCCUCAGUGUAUAUGGAGUGACAGUGACACUAGCGUGCCCUGAGUCAUCUGUGAUAUUACUUCCUCAGUGUAUAUGGAGUGACAGUGACACUAGCGUGCCCUGAGUCAUCUGUGAUAUUACUUCCACAGUGUAUAUGGAGUGACAGUGACACUAGCGUGCCCUGAGUCAUCUGUGAUAUAUUUUCGUGGCAAUCUACUGUGAUAUACUUCAUUGUGUCGUGUGAUGUGCAAUAACGAUCUAUGGUUUUAACUUUAAACCCGCCUUUGCCGGUCCCAAGCCCGGAUGUGAAAGGGUGAGCGUUGGACAAUACUUCCUAUGUCUUGUUCAUAAAAGUGUAUUUAUGCUUCCAUUAUCAGGUGCUGUUUCAUGCAUUAUUUCUUUGCAGUUUACUGUCUUCUCUCACCUCUAUGGUAUCUUUGUCUUGUCCACUAGCCUCCUCCUGGUGUUCCAUGGUUUCCUCUCCGGUUAGUUGCAGUCAGACACACUUCCUAUCAUGACAUGGCUUUAAAUACACCUUUACUGACGAUUCUUAACCACUCGGAUUGCUCGUUCUUUUUCUGUACCAAUGGUUGUCAACAUGUGUUAUUCGUGUACACUGUUGCCAUGCCAUUUUCCCCUCAAUUUUUAUUUGUUUAACGGUUUUAUUUUCCAUUUCAUUUUGUAAUUCGGAUUUCUUCAAUUAUGACCAGCCACUGGGCCUCCAUAGAAAUUGUUUGUUUGGGCUUGUGCAUUCAUUUCCCAGUCAACAUCUCCUUUUAUCGUUUAGUACUGCUUCCGGUACAGAGCAACAUGGCGUUGCAGAUGUACGGCUGAGCGGUGUAUGUGCAUUAAACUGAGCAAACAGAAGUAUAACAUUGUCGUUGAGCCUGAUAUGUGUGCAAAAAACGGCAUUGUUUGAGCCAAAGGUAAGCAAACCCUUGAAUCCC